GGUUGGUAGUGUACACGGAGUGGGGUGCGCUGCUAUUGGCAGUUUCCGGGACCAAUAGGAGGUGCAGGAGCCGCUGCGGUAGUAGAAGUUGGGAUGGUCCCUUCACUCCCCCUCCCCACAAAUAUGUCUAAUAGUGUGUGGAGUGAAGGCCCCUUUGCUCUUCGAUAGCUCCCGUCUUCGCCGUGGAGGCUUCCUUAUAACGAGUUUCUUAUCUUAGCCGGGAGGACUGGAGUAGAAGCAUAGUGUGAAGACUUCUCUUUGCAGUGUAUGGACGGAAAGCCAAUGCGCAGGUGUACUAGUAAUCGAGCAGGAGAAACUGGAAUGGACGUAACAAGCCGCUGCACUCUCGGAGAUCCCAACAAGCUGCCGGAAGGAGUGCCACAGCCUGCUCGCAUGCCUUACAUCUCAGACAAGCAUCCUCGACAAACACUGGAGGUCAUAAACCUGUUGCGGAAGCAUAGAGAGCUGUGUGAUGUGGUGUUGGUUGUGGGGGCCAAGAAGAUCUAUGCCCACCGGGUGAUCUUAUCAGCCUGCAGCCCCUACUUCCGAGCAAUGUUCACAGGGGAGCUUGCAGAGAGCCGGCAGACUGAGGUGGUAAUAAGAGACAUUGAUGAAAGGGCCAUGGAGCUUCUGAUUGACUUUGCAUACACAUCCCAAAUCACAGUAGAAGAGGGCAAUGUCCAGACGUUAUUGCCAGCUGCCUGUCUCCUCCAGCUAGCUGAGAUCCAGGAAGCCUGCUGUGAGUUCCUGAAAAGACAGUUGGAUCCUUCCAAUUGCCUUGGCAUCCGAGCAUUUGCUGAUACACACUCCUGCCGAGAACUUCUAAGAAUUGCUGACAAAUUCACCCAACAUAACUUUCAAGAGGUGAUGGAGAGUGAGGAGUUCAUGUUGCUUCCAGCCAAUCAGCUUAUUGACAUCAUAUCCAGUGAUGAACUGAAUGUCCGGAGUGAAGAGCAAGUGUUCAAUGCAGUGAUGGCCUGGGUGAAAUACAGCAUUCAGGAGAGACGACCUCAGCUCCCCCAGGUGUUGCAACAUGUCCGCCUGCCACUGCUCAGUCCCAAGUUCUUGGUAGGCACAGUUGGUUCUGAUCCACUCAUUAAAAGUGAUGAAGAAUGUAGGGACCUAGUGGAUGAAGCUAAGAACUAUUUGUUAUUGCCCCAAGAGCGACCACUGAUGCAGGGACCAAGAACUCGUUCACGCAAACCUAUCCGCUGUGGAGAAGUACUCUUUGCAGUGGGUGGCUGGUGCAGCGGGGAUGCAAUUUCCAGUGUUGAGCGCUACGAUCCUCAGACAAAUGAGUGGCGGAUGGUGGCUUCCAUGAGCAAGAGGCGGUGUGGUGUUGGAGUCAGUGUCUUGGAUGACCUUCUUUAUGCAGUGGGAGGCCAUGAUGGUUCUUCCUAUCUUAACAGUGUAGAAAGAUAUGACCCAAAAACCAAUCAGUGGAGCAGUGAUGUAGCACCCACGAGCACGUGCAGGACCAGUGUUGGAGUGGCAGUUCUUGGUGGCUACCUGUAUGCUGUGGGUGGCCAGGAUGGCGUCUCCUGUCUUAACAUAGUUGAAAGGUAUGACCCAAAAGAGAACAAAUGGACUCGAGUGGCUUCCAUGAGUACUAGGCGCCUUGGGGUGGCUGUGGCUGUGCUAGGGGGCUUCCUUUAUGCUGUUGGAGGCUCUGAUGGGACAUCACCUCUGAACACAGUGGAGCGCUACAACCCCCAGGAGAACCGUUGGCACACAAUAGCACCCAUGGGCACUCGACGUAAGCACCUAGGUUGUGCAGUAUAUCAAGACAUGAUCUAUGCUGUGGGAGGCAGAGAUGAUACUACUGAACUUAGCAGCGCUGAACGAUACAACCCCAGAACCAACCAGUGGUCUCCUGUGGUUGCCAUGACCUCACGACGUAGUGGGGUUGGCCUCACUGUGGUAAAUGGACAGCUAAUGGCUGUGGGAGGCUUUGAUGGCACAACGUACUUGAAGACCAUUGAAGUGUUUGAUCCAGAUGCCAACACAUGGAGACUGUAUGGAGGAAUGAACUAUCGUCGACUUGGAGGUGGAGUGGGAGUUAUCAAAAUGACACACUGUGAAUCCCAUAUAUGGUAAAAAGCCAAUGGAAGAGAAAUUUGUGUUCAUUAUUGAAACUGGUCACCUUGGUGACUACUGAGCUCUGAGGCUCUAGUAAAACUGAGAUCACAUUUCUUCACUGAUGCCUCUUCCUAUAAGACUAUAAUGGAUGUUGCAAGUAUAUUUCCCCUCCUCUACUAGUUACAGACCAGACUAAGCAACUCCAGGAACCUACCUGGAACACAUAGUUUUUCUUGUCUUUGUCACUCCAUCUCAAUUUUACUGUUACUGGAAUGCAAUGUUACAAGCAAUGAAGACCUCAGGGUGUAUAUGGAUUCCAUCAGAGUGAGGAGCUUAUUCAGAGGUACACAAGGCGUCUGCCCAGAUGAAAGAAUGUUUAUCGGAAACAUCAUUGGUUUUGUUUAUGGAGGAUGUAGUCAAGCAGGGUCUUCAUGCUCAGUUUAAAUGAAUGGGAGUUGCAUUAGAGCCCAUUCAUUUCAACCAGGGCUGUGGAGUCGGUAUGCUAAAUCUUUGACUCCAACUCCGACUCCUCUAUUUUUUUACACUCCGACUCCACCCAAAAUUGCUUCCGACUUCGACUCCAUAGCCCUGGAAAGUGCUGUAAAUGUCUUUUUAAAUUGGAAGCUCUCGUAGGAGCAUUUUUAUCGCUGCCUGAAUAUGCGUUGAUCUUGGCGUCACAGCAUUUGUCUUCAUCUGGGUCCUGUGUCAUACACUGACACACAAAAUGUUUUCCAUCUUGAGUUAUGGUGAAAUGCUCAAAUACAGCUGACUUCAUGGGAAGCUUCUUUGACAUUUUGAAAAAAUUUGUCAAUCAAAAUUUAUUUUGAAGUCGGAGUCGGUAUAUUUCUACCAACUCCGACUGAACCCAAAAUUGCUCCCGACUCCACAGCCCUGAUUUCAACAAGGCUUAGGUAGGAGAUGCUGUUGCAGGAAUUUGACAGGCAUUGGGCAAACCUUUCUAUAUGCUGAAAUCCAUUCCAUUUUAUUUCUACCAUGCUGUUGAUACCAUAAGGUGAUGGCCCUCCCCCUCCUUGUGAAAUUUUGAUGAGUAGCUACAUUAGAUGCACCUUUCUGAAAGAGGCUGUUUGUAAGCUCUGGCCUACGGAGAAAAUCUUUAAAAGCACAGAGCUAUCCAAUAAAGUCCUUCUUGUUGUUGGCAAUGCUGCAGUAAGAGCAAAGGAUUAAAACUCAUGGUACUGGAACAAGGAAUAGAACUAUAAAAAUUUGGGCAGUCUCCCAGGAAGUUCUCCUGCACAAGUCCCACUGAACUGAAUGGGAGGAGCACAGUAGUACUUCUGUGCUGCUCCUAUUCCUUUCCGUGGUGAUUGUGCAGGAAAAUGUCCUUGUAUAGAUUUCAUGCUCAAACUGCAUCAGCUUUGUAUUUCCUACAGUGGGCAUAGUAGGAACAUGAACUAGUGUGACUUUAGUACAUAAAUGCAAAUCUGAGAUAUUCUUACAGGCAUUUGACUUAAUGAAAAAAAGUACUGCAUCAUAAAUAGGCUACCUAUUAUCUGUUAUUAAUUUCACAACACUUGCUGCAGGUAGUGUGUGUAUAUGUAUAUAUAUACACACACACUUAAUGAAAUGGUAGCUACAUCUCUGGCUUUGAAGGCAUAAAGAUGACUGCCUUAUCAUAUACAUCUGAAAGAAGUGGUUAGAAUUAUAAGCAUUAUGACUUUCUUUAAACUGCCAUCUUUUACCCUAAAGGCGAGACUCCGUCACCGUCAUUUAUUACUCCAUCAAUAAAUUAUUGGGCGUUAGGGCAAGGGAUGGGGAAGCUGUGGCCCUACAGUCGUUGGUUGCACUCUGGCUCCCAUCAUCCCCAGCCAGCAUGACCAGUGAUGACAGGAGGUGAAGUCCAACGGCAACAGCUGGAGGGGCUAUAGGUUCACCACCCCUAAUUCACGAGCAAAGGACAGAAAGGAAAACUGAUAGCAGCAUUGGGUGUGGUGGGUUACAAGGAAUGCCCAUGAAACUAAGUUGUGUUUUACUUCCUUUAAAAAGUAGCUUUAUUUGUAAACUUCCAUGUCUUUGGGUGGGUUGGGGACUUAACACAAGUGGAGUUUUAAGGAAGAGAGGAAGCCCUUCUUUGUGCCCUGACAGUUGGUAUUCUUGUGUUUACAUUCUGAAUGUUUGCACCUUUACAAAGAGAAAGUAUUCUGUAAACACUUGUUUACAUAUCAUUUGUGCUUUUUCUAGCAUGAGUUAAUUUGUAUAAAUAGUGUUACCUUAAUAAAAUCAAUUGGUGUGUGUUUUCUCAUGACUCACCUGACAGAACAGAGCUCUCAGAUAUACUACAUCUAUAAAAUUACUUGGACUCAAAACUUUGGGCUGCUUAUUUCAAAACAGUAUGUGAGCAAAGCAGCUCUGUAUUUCUUUAAUAUGAUAGUAUCAAAUUCAUGUGCAGCUGAAGCCCGGGCAUACACCAGUGCACUGGACAAAAUGAACUGUGAUCAAAGAAACUGCACUGUCAUUAUAAUCACAGAAAUCACUAUUCAAAUACAGCACCUGCUGCAUUAUUUGUAGGGUUUAUAGUUUAAUGAUCCAUGAUAGUUUGAGGCAGGUGUGAGGCCUUUAAUCAGAUAUUUAACCAUGAAGAUAGAAAUGCUGACCUCCUUGCACUGGAGACACAGCAAGUGAACAAUUAGCAAGAAGAAUCACACGUGCACAAAAGCAGCUUACAAGUCAUCACUGUAAUGGAUAUAUUUUCUGUAACUGAAGUACAACAAAAAAUCCAUCACAUUGUUUUUGAAACUGCCAGUUCUGUGAGCAGUGACAGAAUUCCUAUCAGAUGCUGGGCAUGGAGAAUCUGCAAAAAAAAGUUGGAGAAUGUUUUAAAAAGUUGCCGUUGGAUCAAAAUAGCAUGUAAAUACAGCUUAUUCAUCUAGAAGUAUUUAAGCUAUCAAAACAACCCCUCUGAACCAGUUUUGUUUAAUUAAUCUGCAAAGUUCCCUCUGUUACUUACCUGUAGUGAUAAAAAGGGGGUGGAAGAAGAAAUAUGACAGGAGUGGGGAGGAAAAGAGAUUUUCCCUUCAUGACCUGAAAUGAAAACCACUGAAAACUUUGGGAAUAUCUGGAAGCCUUGAUUUGUUUUUUCGGAAGUAUAAGCACAAUAUUUGCAAAGCAGUAUUUUAGAAUAUUGUUACACUGCUAAUUCACACUGCUACAAACAUCAGAUAUAAAAUCUUUGAGUGACUAUGGAAUAGCUGUGCUUCACUGGGUGGUUCUUCUGACCAGAUGGUGGAUGUCCAACCUGUCCUGGAUGGGGUUGCACUCCCCCUAAAGGAGCAGGUUCAUAGCUUGGGGGUUCUCCUAGAACCAUCUCUGUCAC